AUGGACAAUGGAACGACGAAUGAACUUCUCGAGCCCAAGCCUGCCAAGCUUCCCGCUUCCCGGAGGAAUCACUCACUCGCUGGAUAUCACGGGUUGGCCUCAGAUCGAACGAAGUAUUCUGGAAGCUUUCUCCCUCUGGAUGGGAAGCAUGGGCAGCCGUGUGCAGCCAGGAUGAAUCGGCAUUCGGUUAAUGAUGAAGUUAAAGCAAUCAGAAGCGAAGACGCAGUCAUUGACAGCCGUAUUACCAUUGGACAGUAUCUUGGUAGACAGGAUAGGAGGAAAAGGAGAGAUUGUUGUUAUUCUCAUAUGAAAGCGGAUUAA